AUGCAGCAGCCGGAGGAAGGUGCUGUCUCCGCCGAGAAGGCCGUGGAGGAGACUGUGACGGCACCAGGGUCAGAAGAGAAGCCGCGCGACCACACCUACGACUCGGGCUCGACCCUCUCGGCCAACGGGAAGGAAAAAGAAGAAGCUCACAAGACCGCCAUUUCGAUCGACGACGAUGCGGUCUUCGCCCACCUCCCCGAGCACGAAAAGGCCAUCCUGAAGAAACAGCUGGAUGCGCCCGUCGUGAAGAUCUCCUUUUUCGGCCUGUAUCGCUAUGCCUCCCACAUGGACAUCCUCAUCCUCGUGGUGAGCGCCAUCUGCGCCAUUGCGGCCGGCGCGGCCUUGCCCCUCUUCACCAUUCUCUUCGGAUCCCUAGCGACCAGUUUCAAGACCAUCGCGCUCAACCAAACCUCCUACGCGGCCUUUUACCACGAGCUGACGAAGAAUGUCCUGUACUUUGUGUAUUUGGGCAUUGCCGAGUUCGUCACCGUCUAUAUCAGCACCGUCGGUUUCAUCUAUACCGGCGAGCACGUCACCCAGAAGAUCCGCGAGCACUACCUCGAAGCGAUUCUGCGCCAGAACAUUGCCUACUUUGACAAGCUGGGCGCCGGCGAGGUCACCACCCGCAUCACCGCCGACACCAACCUGAUCCAGGACGGCGUGUCCGAAAAGGUCGGCCUGACCCUGACCGCCGUGGCCACGUUCGUGACGGCCUUUGUGGUCGCCUAUAUCAAAUAUGCCCCUCUGGCGGGCAUCUGUACCUCGACCAUUGUGGCGCUGGUGCUCAUCAUGGGUGGUGGUUCGCGGUUCAUCAUCAAGUUCAGCAAGCUCUCGCUGGAGAGCACCGGUGCCGGUGGAACGGUUGCCGAGGAGGUGAUCAGUUCCAUUCGGAACGCGACCGCAUUUGGCACCCAGGAUAAGCUCGCCAAGCAGUAUGAAGCGCAUCUGCAGGUCGCCGAACGGUGGGGUAUGCGUCUACAGAUGGCCCUGGGUGUGAUGGUGGGCGCCAUGUUUGGUAUCAUGUUCCUGAACUACGGUCUGGGUUUCUGGAUGGGCUCGCGGUUUUUGGUCGACAACAAGGUCGAUGUGGGCCAGGUCCUGACGAUUCUCAUGGCUAUCCUCAUUGGUUCCUUUAGUUUGGGGAAUGUCAGUCCGAACGGACAGGCCUUUACGAGUGCGGUGGCUGCUGCGGCGAAGAUCUUCAGCACGAUUGACCGCGUGUCGCCGGUGGACCCGACUACGGAUGAGGGCAUGACUCUCGAGCAUGUCGAGGGUGAUAUUGAGUUCCGCAAUGUCAAGCACAUCUAUCCCUCUCGUCCGGAGGUGACUGUCAUGGAGGACAUCUCGCUCUCGAUCCCCGCUGGAAAGACCACCGCACUGGUCGGGCCGUCUGGUUCAGGAAAGAGCACGAUAGUCGGCCUGGUCGAGCGUUUCUAUCUGCCCGUUGGUGGCACGGUGUUGCUAGAUGGCCAUGAUAUCCAGGGACUGAACUUGCGUUGGCUCCGUCAGCAGGUCUCGCUCGUCAGUCAGGAGCCGGUGCUUUUUGGAACGACCAUCUAUCAGAACAUUCGCCACGGUCUUAUAGGAACUCGAUUUGAGCAAGAACCGGAGGAUAAAAUCCGAGAGCUCAUCGAGGAUGCGGCCAAGAUGGCCAACGCCCACGAAUUCAUCACAGGUCUUCCCGAAGGAUAUGAGACUAACGUCGGUCAGCGGGGUUUCUUGCUGUCUGGUGGUCAGAAGCAGCGUAUUGCCAUCGCUCGUGCGGUUGUGAGCGACCCCAAGAUCUUGCUGCUGGACGAAGCCACUUCGGCCCUGGAUACAAAGUCCGAGGGUGUUGUCCAGGCGGCACUCGACAAGGCCGCUGAGGGUCGCACUACGAUUGUGAUUGCCCACCGCCUAUCCACCAUCAAAUCCGCGCACAAUAUUGUGGUCUUUGUCAACGGACAGAUUGUCGAGCAGGGUGCUCACGACGAUUUGGUUGAGAAGGGUGGUCCCUACCACAGCCUCGUGGAGGCGCAACGCAUCAACGAGGAGAAGGAAGCUGAUGCGUUGGUUGAGGAGUCCUCGGAUGAGGACGACGAGACUUCCAUCACCAAGAAGCACCUGUCGCGCGUCAAAUCUGUCGCCAGUGGCGCGAGUGUGUUGAAAGAUGACGUUCUUCUCCCCGAGGAGGAUUUCAAACGCACCGAUACUCGCAAGUCGGUUUCGAGCGUUGUUCUCUCGAAGAGGGGCUCAGAGGCUCGCCACAAGUACUCCCUGUGGACUCUGAUCAAGUUUAUCGCCUCGUUUAACAAGGAAGAGUGGAAGUAUAUGGUUGUCGGUCUCUUUUUCUCCGUCCUGGCUGGCGGUGGCCAGCCCGCUCAGGCUUUCUUGUAUGCCCACGCGAUCAGCGCGCUGUCUCUGCCCGCGAGCAUGUACGGCAAGCUACGAUCCCAAGCCGACUUUUGGUCGUUGAUGUUCCUGGUCGUUGGCAUUGUUCAGUUCUUUACCUUCUCGAUCCACGGCCUCGCCUUUGCCUUUAGCUCUGAGCGACUUAUCCGCAAGGCGCGCAGCCAAGCAUUCCGGACCAUGCUCCGUCAGGAUAUCAACUUCUUCGAUAAAGAGGAAAACAGCACUGGUGCCCUGACUUCUUUCCUUUCAACAGAGACGAAGCAUCUGUCUGGUAUCAGUGGACAGACGCUCGGCACGAUCCUGAUGACCUCCACAACCCUCAUCGCCGCGAUGGUCAUCUCCCUCUCCUUUGGGUGGAAGCUGGCUCUAGUUUGCAUUUCGGUCGUUCCCGUUCUUCUUGCCUGUGGCUUCUACCGGUUUUACAUGCUCGCUGCGUUCCAGCAGCGCUCCAAGUUGGCUUAUGAAGGGUCUGCCAGCUAUGCCUGCGAAGCCACCUCGGCCAUUCGCACUGUGGCUUCCCUCACGCGCGAGGCAGAUGUCUGGACGGUGUAUCACGGCCAGCUCGAGGAACAGGCUCACUCGAGUCUCAUGUCGGUCAUCAGGUCGUCGACGCUGUAUUCCAUGUCCCAAGCGCUGGUGUUCUUCUGCGUUGCUCUGGGAUUCUGGUAUGGUGGUACAUUGCUCGGAAAGCACGAGUACUCCACCUUUCAGUUCUUCGUCUGCUUCAGUGAGAUCCUGUUCGGUGCGCAGUCCGCGGGGACAGUGUUCUCGUUCUCUCCGGACAUGGGCAAGGCCAAGAACGCUGCCGCCGAGUUUAGAAAGUUAUUCGACCGCCGCCCUGCCAUCGACAUCUGGUCUGACGAGGGCGAGAAGCUCGACACCGUCAACGGCGUCAUCGAGUUCCGCGACGUGCACUUCCGCUACCCAACCCGGCCCGAACAACCCGUCCUGCGCGGCCUGAACCUGAGCGUCCAGCCCGGCCAGUACAUUGCCCUAGUCGGACCCAGCGGAUGCGGCAAGAGCACAACCAUCGCUCUCCUGGAGCGGUUUUACGACGCCCUCUCGGGAGGCGUCUACGUCGACGGCAAGAACAUCGCCGACCUCAACGUCAACUCGUACCGCAGCCACCUGUCGCUCGUCAGCCAGGAGCCAACCCUGUACCAGGGCACCAUCAAGGAGAACAUCCUGCUAGGCACAGACGCCGAGGACGUCCCUGAAGAAGCCCUCGUCCAGUCCUGCAAAGAUGCCAACAUCUACGACUUCAUCAUGUCUCUCCCGGACGGCUUCAACACGGUUGUUGGCAGCAAAGGCGGUAUGUUAUCCGGUGGCCAGAAGCAGCGCGUCGCCAUCGCGCGCGCCCUCCUGCGCAAUCCGAAGAUUCUUCUUCUGGAUGAAGCUACCUCGGCGCUGGACUCGGAGUCCGAGAAGGUCGUCCAGGCGGCCUUGGAUGCUGCGGCCCGUGGCCGUACCACUAUUGCCGUCGCGCACAGACUCAGCACUAUCCAAAAGGCUGAUAUGAUCUAUGUCUUUGACCAGGGCAAGAUCGUGGAGAACGGCACCCACCACGAGCUGCUGAAGAAUAAAGGCCGGUACUAUGAACUGGUCAAUCUCCAGAGUCUGGGGAAGACCCAUUGA